UUCGCGUUCUUUCUUUACUCUUUAGAAGAAGCGGCCGCAGUUCACCGUCUCGCCAGCUUGGAGGAAUUCUUCAACGCGAUGGUGAGAGCUGGAGAGAUCGAGACUGAGAUUCUCUCCAAUGCCUCAUGCCAUCGAUUGCUAGUCGAGGGUUUCAUGCGAGGAGGCAUCCGGAUCUGAACCCAUUGUCAAAAUAAAGGGCGCAAGGUGAUCCGGUCUAUCAACCAUGGUGUUGGGUCUGAGAUCCAAGAACAAGAAAGGCGCCUCGGUUCAUGUGGAUUAUAUCAUCCAUAUCCAAGAAAUAAAGCCAUGGCCCCCAUCCCAAUCCUUGAAGUCCGUUCGCUCUGUAGUCCUUCAAUGGGAGAACGGGGACAACAGUUCUGGGUCCACCAACCCCAUUACCCCAUCCCUUGGAGUGACUGCUGCUGAAGGCAAGAUUGAAUUCAACGAGUCCUUCAAGCUCCAAGCCAGCUUGUUGAGAGAGGGUUCAGCAAAGGGCAAUGGCAUGAGCACGUUUCAGAAGAAUGUGCUUGAAUUUAACAUGUAUGAGCCCAGGAGGGAUAAGACAGUAAAGGGGCAGCAUUUAGGGAGUGUAGUAAUUGAUUUGGCAGAGCAUGGUAUGAUCAAAGAAACAGUGAGUGUCAGCAUUCCAGUGAACUGCAAGAGAAGCUUUAGAAACACGGUACAGCCAUUGCUUUAUGUGAAUAUUCAGCCAUUUCAAAAGGAGAACAGGAGCUCUUCAUCUGGAGAAAGCCUGUCAAAGGAGGCCUCAUUAGAUAAGGAUGGUAGGGAGUCGGUGUCAGCCUUGAUGAACGAGGAGUAUGCUGAGGAAGCUGAGAUAGCCUCCUUCACUGAUGAUGAUGUCUCAUCCCAUUCGUCACUUGCUUGCUCGUCUUCAGCCCUGGAGGCAAAUGCACAUUUGCCAGUUCAAACUAGUACUGCAGAACAACAGCAUCAUGAGAACACAUUAGACGCAGCAGAUGAGCAUGGGGUAGGUGCUUUAGAAGCUGACUUACCUUUGCAAUCUGUACCUGUGAAAGAUGAGUUGAGACCGGUAACCACAGGAAUUAACCUAAAUGGUGCUGUCAGCAAUCAGAAUGAGAGGUCCCAAGAAUCAUCACUGGAAGAUUUACCCAGGGACUCUGGGAGCUUGGUUAAUGGCAAUGCAUCUUUCUCUACUCCUCAGACAAGUUCGCUACUCAUACUGGAGAAGUCAGACACCUCUAGCACACCUUCUUCAUCACCUCUGAUGCCCGAAAGUACAGAGGAAGAUAUCAUAUCUGGAAAGGAUAAUGAAAGUGCCCUGUGGAAUGAUAAAGCUGAGGAAGUUCAAGAAAAGAUGGUAGACUUCAGCGGCAAAGAAAACAUUGUAGAAAACCUUGUAAAGAAAGAAAGCACUAUUGCAAUCACAGACAAAAUUGAAUCUGCAGAUACUGAUUUCCAGGAGAAGCUGAACCCUGUAACUAAUAGCGAACCUGAGCAAAAUGUUAACAAGGAUGGGGUAUCUCAAGAAAGUCAAAAUGGGUCCAUAGAGGUUUCAAAUAGUCAUGCUGCAGAUUAUAGGUUUGUGGAGGAAAGCACUGGAAAAAAGAUAGAAAACGGAUUAGAAGAGAAAACCAAACAAGUCCAGAACCAUUCAGUUGAAAAUGAUUGCUUGAUUGAUAGCCCUGAUAAUUUCUCUAAUGCAUCAGUUGCAACAGUGCAAAAAACUCCAGCCAUUCAGCAGCACAAUUAUCUGCAAAGUUCUCGCAAAACAUCAUUUACUUCUGAUCUAGCUGUAUCUAAUUGGAGAGGUUUUGGUGAAAGGGGUAAUGGAAACUUAACAAAUGAUAGACUAAAGAGUAUGAAAUUAUCUGUGAGAUCACCUCCAGACUCGAGAGGAACCAUAACAUAUGGACCCAAUGAUGAAGAUGUGAAGGAAGUUGAUGUUCAAGAGGAUGUAUGUAAUGGCAUAAACUCUGCUACAGAUGAUGGAACAGAUGAUCAGGAAAGUACUAGCUCAAGCUCAGAUAAAGUAAGACACAUUUCUAGAAUUAGCAGGAAUGGCUUUUCUAAUAACAAAGUUCGAGAAUUGGAGCUUAGAGUUGAGUUGCUUGAAGGGGAGUUAAGGGAAGCUGCUGCUAUUGAGAUGGGUCUUUACUCUAUUGUAGCAGAGCAUGGAAGCUCUUCACAGAAGGUGCAUACUCCAGCUCGACGUCUUUCAAGGUUAUAUAUUCACGCUUCAAAACAGUGGUCACGAGAAAAGCAGGCAAGUGCAGCUAGAAGCGCUGUCUCCGGACUAGUUGUUGCUGCAAAAGCAUGUGGAAAUGAUGUCCCAAGGUUGACUUUCUGGUUGUCAAACUCAGUUGUGCUUAGAGCUAUUAUCACUAGAACAAUUAAGAGUUCCGACAUCCCCAAACCUUUUGGCCCUUACUCUACAGAACAUAGUUCCAUAAUGGUGCGGAAGAAAAAUUCUUCUCCAUUGAAAUGGGAAUCCAUAUCCCGCAAGAAGGAAAAGCUCUCUAUCACUGAAGAGUUUGAUGACUGGGAAGAUCCAGACACGUUCACAUCUGCACUAGAAAAGAUUGAAACCUGGAUAUUUUCUCGAAUCGUUGAGUCUGUGUGGUGGCAGACUUUGACCCCGCACAUGCAGUCCGCCAGUGUGAAUCACGAACUUAAGAGAGGUUCAAAGAAAAGUUAUGAAAAGACACCGAGCAGAAGUGAUUGUCAACAGGCAAACUCAUCAAUUGGAAUUUGGAAGAAAGCUUUUAAAGAUGCCUCUGAAAGACUUUGUCCUGUUAGGGCAGGAGGUCAUGAGUGUGGAUGCUUGCCUAUGCUGGCUAGAUUGGUCAUGGAGCAUUGUGUGGCAAGACUUGAUGUGGCUAUGUUCAAUGCUAUCUUACGUGAGUCAGAUGAUGAGAUUCCCACUGACCCGGUGUCUGAUCCAAUUAGUGAUCCUAAGGUUCUACCUAUUCCAUCUGGCAAAUCAAGCUUUGGUUCUGGUGCUCAACUGAAAAAUGCUAUUGGCAACUGGUCUAGAUGGCUAACUGACCUAUUUGGUAUGGAUGUGGAUGACACUCCUCAAAAUGAGGACAAGCAAGAUGAUGAUAGACUUGAUGUUGCAGCAUCCUUCAAGUCUUUCCAUCUCCUGAAUGCAUUGAGUGAUCUUCUAAUGCUUCCAAAAGACAUGCUUUUGGAAAAAUCUAUCAGGAAAGAGGUUUGUCCAACAUUCAGUGCAUCAAUGAUCAAGCGGAUCCUCGACAGCUUCCUACCUGAUGAAUUCUGCCCAGAUCCAAUACCAGAAGUUGUGCUCAAAGCACUGGAUUCUGAGGAUCCUCUGGAGAGCGACGAGGAGAGAAUAAGAAAUGCCCCAUGCAAUGCAUCUCCAAUCAUUUACUCUCCACCUUCAGUUGCUUCAGUGGAGAGCAUUAUAGGAGAUGUUCAAGGUGCACCACUUCUAAGGAGGAGUGGGUCAUCUGUGGUUCGUAAAUGCCACACAAGCGAUGAUGAGCUUGAUGAACUAGAUUCACCUCUAGCUUCAAUUCUCAUUGAUAAGUUGUCUGCUCCAACUACCAAACGAAAGGACCACAGUUAUGCAAAUGCUGUCAGGUACCAGCUGCUCCGUGAGGUGUGGAGAGAUGAUUAGCCACCAUAAUUGUUAUAAUUCGUUCUAUUUUUUCCCUUCUUUCGAUAUAUAUAAUUUCCAGAAAAAACUUCAGCACUUGUGUAAUCUGUAUUUUGAUCCAUGUGAGUUGCAGUGAAAUAAAUAUUUUGUUCUGAGUUUGUGCCUACAAA